CCAGAGCCCAGCACGGGUCGGGGCGAGCAGUAGAAGCUCAGGGUUCCAGCUGGGACCACCCAACACUGCUGGCUGAAGCCACACUGUGUCUUUGUGCACAGCACAACACAGGGCAUCCUCAGCCCCUGCUGCCACAAGGAAUCCCCUGGACAGUCGUCCUCAUCCCACAGCUCUGCCCCAGGACUGUGGCAGCAGGCGAUGACCAUCAUGAAACCGGAUCCUGGAGAUGCUCCCCAGCUGGACCUGGGCAAGAAGAUGAGCACACCGCAGGAUGUGAUGCUGGAGGAGCUCUCCCUGAGCACCAACCGUGGCUCCCAGCUCUUCCAGCAGCGGCAGAAGCGGAUGCAGCGCUUUGUCUUUGAGCACCCCAGUGGCUACAGGAAGCUCCCAGGGCCAGCUGGCUCACACGGCACUGAGAGAGGAGAAGGAGCAGCCAAUGAGUGGACAGCUGGGAAUGCUGAGGGCCAGCAGAGCUUUCACUCCGAGCUGCACGUGGCAGUGUCACCCCAUGGUGGGCCUCCCGAGGUGCCAAAGACAGAAAAGGUCUUGCACAUGAUUAAAGUCCUCAAUCCAGAUUCUCUGGCACCAGGGUACUCAACCCCUCUCAAAGAAGUGCCCCCAGAGAAGUUCAACGCCACCGCCAUUCCCAAGGGCUACCGCUCCCCGUGGUACGGACACAUGGGCGACAAGGACAAGGCUGUGGGCAGUGAGAACCAGCUGCCCAUGAAACUCCCACAUGGGGAUUUCAUAAACUUCAACAGGACUCCCACCCCGUUUGACAAAGCCCAGCUCAGUGACCUCUUCUACGUGCCUCCUGCCGAGCUGGAUCUGAGCGUUCUGGAUGUCAUCUCCCGCAGACCCAACUUCAACAGAGUCCCGCAAGGCUGGGCACGUGUUCUGCCUGAGAGUGAUGAGCUGUAGCACCCACGCUCCCUUCCCCAUUGCCACGGAUGCUUUUCUCGCUAGAGUGAACCGUGCUUUGCACAGUAGGGGAGAAGGGAUGAAGUAUUCCUGCCUGGCACUUGGUGAAAGUCAAGCUAGUGGUCUCAUGUUAUCAUCCUUUUCUAUGGGAUUUGAACAAGCUCAAGUCUGGGACCAUUUUGAAUUCUCCCCCUGCCAGUCACUGUCACAAGGACGUUUAGCACUAAGCUGAGCAGCCAAGUUUUCAUCGCUAAUGCAAGGAGAUCCCUGUAAGCUCCCAUCACCCUCACCAUACAAGACUCCCGAACAGGCCGUCCUCUCUGCCCCGUGUUGUGGAAAAUGGCAGGACCACCAGCUGCAACGCACCGAGCAGCCUCACUGCCCGCUGACACACACGAGCUGCUCUGACAGGUGGUGUCUUCACAGAGAAAUUCCAUCUUAAGGACAAGGACAAGUCUCCAUCUGCCAUUCCAGUCAGGACAGUGAGAGGAGGUGAGCGCUGAUAAACACCAGCAGAACAAGUCACCAGAGGCAUUGGUAUGUUAAAUGCAGUUACGUGGGUCCCGGUGGGACAGCAAAAGCAAGUGAUGAACUGGUGACCCGUCUGUUUACCAACACACGUACAGCACAGCCUGGAGACAAGGGAGGAAAAGGUCAAGAGCUGGAAAUUUGUGCCUUUUCCUUAAGCUACUGGCUCGCUAUGCCUGUUAUUUUCUCAUCCUUCCUCCUGUCUGCAUGCCUUAAGUUCAUCUUAAGCCCUCUGAUUAUCUCACAUCAGCUCGCCUUCAUAGAGCUGGUCAGUAAGGAUCAGGCCCUGCUGCACCAGAAGCACAGCAGAGCUGCAUGGGUCACAGAUCUGAAUGCUGCUGCCAGGGCACCUGAGAAGCUUCAGCAUCCAUGGGAAGGAACAGCAGCACAGCUGUGCCCCUGCAGCAACCCCAGGCCACUCCACAGUGCGAGCAUCAGCGGUGAGGAUUUGCCUACAGGAAUUUUUCCAGCAGUGCCAGGCAGUGGGACGUGCAGCAAAGAGCAGUACCCAGCACAGCCAUCCAGAGCACCUGAAAAGCCCUGCAGAAGCACAACCUGUGGCCUGUUCUAGACCCACUUCUCCUCCCUUUGUCCAUCAGCUGAAGAAAACGUGUACCUCUGAGGAUAAAUAAAUUGCCAUCAUGUCAA